GUCAAAUCUUCGCUCAAUACCAAAAUACAAAAUGUUGUUGUGCGGAAUAUCGAAAAUGACCAAAUAACGCGUAAAAUGUAAACAAGUUUUCCAACUUUAAAGUUUAUUUAAAAUGACCAGCUUAUACUUCGAUAUAAAUGAAAAUCAGUGGCCACUCAUUUACGACGAAAAGUACAAUGUGUCCGUUUGCGGUCUAGAGAAAUUUCACGUUUUUGACGCCAAGAAGUGGAGUAAUAUUAUUCAAUAUCUAAAAGAUGCAGAAUUCAUUACUGACGAGUGUUUGGUGAAACCUAACGAAGCUCAGAAAAGAGAUUUGAGACGAGUUCAUACAAAACGAUACCUAAAUUCAUUAAAAUGGAGUAUGAGGGUGGCCAUUAUAACAGAGGUGCCCAUGGUUGCGUUGCUGCCGAAUAUAUGUGUCCAAUAUGCGUAUUUGAGGCCUAUGAGACUUCAGACCGGCGGCUCAGUGUUGGCUGGGAAGCUGGCGCUCGAGCGUGGCUGGGCGGUGAACGUGGGCGGGGGCUUCCACCACUGCAGCGGCGACCGCGGCGGCGGCUUCUGUCCCUACGCGGACAUCACGCUGCUCAUCCGCUUCCUGCUGGACGGCGAGCUCAUACAGAACGCCAUGAUCGUCGACCUGGACGCUCAUCAGGGUAACGGAUACCAGCACGACUUCCUAGGCGUGCCAGAGGUGUACAUAAUGGACAUGUACAACAAGCACAUUUACCCUAGAGACCGCGAGGCGAAGCAGGCCAUUCGGCGCAAGGUCGAGCUCGGCCAUCGCGUCGAAGAUCUCGAGUAUAUGGUGAAACUGAGGCAGAAUCUAAAAGCGGCAUUAAAGGAGUUCACACCCGACAUUCUGGUGUACAAUGCCGGCACAGACAUACUCGACUCGGACCCUCUCGGCAACCUGAGGAUUAGCAGUGUGGGUAUAAUAAAACGUGACGAAUUCGUGUUCGAAAUGUGCCGAUCCCACAAGAUCCCGAUAGUGAUGCUGACGAGCGGUGGGUACCUCCGGAAGACUGCCAGGAUCAUCGCUGACUCCAUCAUGAACUUGCACAGAAAAGGGCUGAUCACUGGUCAGUGCCCGGUGCCAGAUGAAGAUGAAGAUUAAGCUCGGUGAUGAGGGCGCCACUUACGCUUAAGAACCUGGAGUCAGUCCAUGAAAAGUCUGCAGCGGAUUUGAUAGCCCACGCAGUGUAAGUGUUAUUUAUACGUCAUAAUUUCAUAGAAGUUUGACGAUUAAAAAGACACUUGCACUGCGUGGGCUAUCAAAAUACCAUACCAAUACCGAGAAAAUGCAGUGAUUUUGAUAGCCCACGCAGUGCAAUUGUCAUUUUAAACGUCAAACUUCUAUGAAAUUAUGACGUAGGUAUUAUGACACUUGCACUGCGUAGGCUAUCAAAUCCGCUGCAGACUUUUCUUGGUCCGACUCUAAUACAGCUAUCGGCAAUUGGGGUUGGCCGGUGGAAGCUUUUAGUAGAUGGCGCAAUCAUAGCUUGCCCUAUCAAUCCCUAGAGUUGUGUAUUUUUUUUGUUUUUUUAAUACCCUGGAUGCCAGGCCUUUAAGCCAAAUCUCAUAGAAAAAGGGGCAAGCUAUGAUGCCACCAUCUAUGCAAACCUUUGAUAGUUGUCUACCCCAUUGUCAAAAAUGCAGUGAAUGGACAACAAAUCCAAUUUAAUUUCAAGAAAUUCAAGCUAAAUACUUAAAAGAAACUUUUUGGUUAAUUUCGGAGAUUGCAGUUGUAAUUGCUAUUAUGGGUAAAUAAAAAAAAACCAGCCAAGUGCCAGUCAGACUCGCCCACGAAGGGUUAAUUCCUUACUAUUACGCAAAUGGGAGCCCAACAGCCAUUUCGACGCCGUGUCGAACACAAAAGCUGUCACUCUGACGCCACGUCACGGAAGUGUCAAAACUGAAAUUGAACUUUAUUCAUAUGCACGUAGGUCUAUGUUGCUCUGUGGUCUGUGACCGAUUAAUCCGUCUUUGGCGUUGGACCUGCGGUGCGGAUAUAUCGGUCAUUGGCGUCCAAAAGGUUAAAAUAUGUAUUUUUGUCUCUUGGUUCGAUGCUCACGUCGUAAGAACUUAUGAAAUACCUACUAUUGAAUUUAAGAACUUUUUAAUCUUGAAAUCGAUGUUAGUGAAGUGAUUGAUCUCAUUUAAUAAGGUGCCAAAGAUUUAUAUUUAUUAAGUGUUAGUGCAAAUUAAAUUUGCUGUUAUCGUCUUGAAAAGAUGUAGCCUAGUCUUCAACAAUGUGAUAGAAAUAUUAUUUUGUCCAAAUAAAAUAUUUUCUUCUA